CUGCUGGUAACUUUUUACUGUAAAUUGAAUUUGAAGUUACUUUUCGAUUUCCGCACACCUUGAAACUGAGACCGCAGUUGCUAGGAUGAGUUUCAUCUGUGUGUUUUUGGGCAUCCACAUGUCAGGUGAAAUUCAGGUUGCAUUUGAACCGUAUAAAGCUUAUGUAGCUGUUCUUCUGCUAGAUUUUGUCGGCUCAAGAGAGUCAACCAUUCAUUGUAGCUGCAAAGAGGUCAUUCUGCCAAUGCCCCGUCAGAGCAGCCGAACUUCAAGCAGCGCACCUCAGCGUGCCGCCCCAGCGCCAUCACAUGGCAGAGCAGCACCAGCUCCGGCUGCAGCUCCAGCCCAACAAGCUCCUCCACCAGCUGCAGCACCAGCCGCAGCACCGCCGGCAGUUGCUCCUUCUUCCGGUGGUAUGUUCUCUGGGCUGAUGGGUUCUAUGAUGUCCGGCGUGGCUACCGGAACCGGUAUGGCGGUUGCCAAUCGCGCUGUGGAUGCUGUCAUGGGCCCGCGCCAGACUGAGGUUGUUCACCGCCAUGAGGGUGCUCCAGCCCCUGCUGCUUCGAGCCAGCCUGCUUGCCAAUUUCAGCAAGACCAGCUGACCCAAUGCAUGAAGUCUUCCAGCGAUGCUUCCUCAUGCCAGUCAUUCAUGGAUGCGCUGAAGGCUUGCCAGCAGGGCCAGUGAGCCAGCGGCUGACAAAAGACUUUACAUUGCACAGGCUGAUGUUGCAGAGAAAAGCGGGCACUAGCUGCUAAGUACUGGUCUCAUUUGGAAUUAAAUAUGUUUCUUGCAACCGCUACUUCCCAUGAUAUCAAACAAGUUAAUCUUUCCCUUCCAG